UUUUUAAAGGUAGAGUAGUGAAUGGGAGACACGGAAACAGCUCGCACGUUCUCCUCAUAUCUCUUACAUUUUCAUUAUUUUUAUUUUUAUUUUUAUUUAAUUACAUAAUAUAUAAAUAAAUAUAUAAUCAUAUAAUUAAUUAAUUUACAAUUUACAUACUUUUUCUUCUUGACAAUAUGUUGUCUCACCUCCCUAGGAAUUUUAAACCCCAUUUUCUCUCUUGUGAUUUUCCAUAAAUACUCACUUUCUUCAUGCCCUAAAAACCCCCUCUUUCCCCCCCUUAUUUGUCACUUCAUUCUUCAUUUCUUCCAUUUUUACUCUUCUUCUUACUAUAUUAUAUUUUAUAUUUUUAAUAUCCCACUUUUUAUACUUUUAAUUUAGCUCAAUUUCUUAAAUUUGAAGCUUGAGGGGAUUUCCUAAUUCAUAUUGGUUUCAAUUCUUGCUUGUGAUCAUCAUGGGUUAUGGAAAGCCAGCAUGGUUGGAUGCACUAUACACCCAAAACUUCUUUGUGAAUUGCCCAGCUCAUGAGACAGCAAAGAAGAAUGAGAAGAACGUAUUAUGCUUAGAUUGUUGCACUAGUCUUUGCCCUCAUUGCUUAACCAUGCAUCGCUUUCAUCGUCUAAUUCAAAUUCGUCGAUAUGUCUACCACGAUGUCAUUAGAUUGGAAGAUCUUGAGAAAGUUAUCGACUGUUCUAAUGUUCAGGCUUAUACUAUCAAUAGCGCGAAAGUAAUCUUUAUCAAGAAAAGGCCUCAAAAUAGGCAGUUCAAAGGAGCUGGAAAUUAUUGCACUUCAUGUGAUAGAAGUCUUCAAGAACCAUAUAUUCAUUGCUCUUUAGGGUGCAAGGUGGACUUUGUGUUGACGCAUAAUAGAGACCUCUCACCCUACUUAAGGGUAUGCAAAGUGUUGCAAUUGAGCCCGGACUUCUUAUACCCUCAAGACAUGGGAGAUGAUGAAAUGACCAAUGAAACUCCUAACUCCACCAUCGUGGAUUGCGACGAGCCAAUGAGCUCUUACUGCGGCUCAUCGGACUCCGAGAACAUGAGCGUGGCAUGCACGGAGACCGAGAUCGUUCGGAAGAAGAGAAGUGGAUUGUACGUGUGUGGAAGAUCAAUUAAUAAAGUUUCCGACGAAGACAUGGCCACAAGCAUGAGUAGAAGAAAAGGGAUUCCUCAUAGGUCUCCUUUAUGUUAAAAUUCAAAUAAUAGUAUAACUUAAAUCAAGGGAAAAAAAUAAAAAAAAUCCUCAAAUAAUCUCUUCAUUUUAAAUUUAUUUAUAGGAGUAUUAUUUAGUUUAAUUUGAUUUCUUCAUCCCCUACCCCUUUUCUUUUUUAGAUUUAUUAAGCUUAUUUAUUGAGAUAAAUUAUUAUAUUUUGGACUAAACAAGUUCAAAUUUGAUUUAAUUAGUGACAAAUUAAACCCCCUCCCCUCUUAAUAUUUCAAUCUUAAACUUCUACCUCGUUCUAAGUUAAUUAAUCACUCGGUCGGGCGUUUUGUCUUAAUGGCAUCACGUGGUUCCCAAUUCCAAGUAAAUGGUUUUUGUAUAUUUUUCUAUGGUAUGGACCGGCCUUUUUUUUUCACCAUAUAAUAUAAUGUAUCAUACAAUAAUAAGUUUACUACUAUCAAAAUUAUUAAUUCGGUUCAUGCAUUGGAAGCCCUUCAUGCUGUUCUU